ACUGGAACAGUGUAGUGUGUGCAGUGACAGGGGGUCAAUAGUAAGGUUAUUUACACCGCGAAGACUCCGCUUAUAACGUAUUUAUAAAUUAAUAACAGUAAUUGCAUCGAAACUACAAGACUGAAAUUUGUAUUUAUUGUACUAAUAUUAUUCAAAUGUUCUUCAUUGGUGCUAUGGAAUAUUAACGAGUGAAUGAACUACAUACCCAGCAAAUAGAGUACGACGGAAACUUGUAAACAACUGAUAACAACAAGGUAUUAUACAGCUUUUGAUCAAGUGAAACAGAAACUUGUGCUAUCGAGUUAUAAUGGCUGUUACUAUUAAUAAAUUUACGAAAGUAUGGUCUGUUGCAUGCAACUCAAAUUUAAGGGCGCUAUCGACGACAUGUUUUAACAAAGCUAAAGUGAGUUUCAAUUGGGAAGAUCCUUUGAAUUUGGAGUCACAAUUGCUUGACGAUGAAAAGGCUGUCCGUGAUUCAGUUAAAUCGUAUUGUAAUGAAAAAUUAUUGCCGAGAGUUAUUGAAGCUAAUAGACAGGAAGUUUUCGACAGGCAAAUUUAUAAAGAAAUGGGUGACCUUGGAAUUCUCGGCUGUACGAUUAAAGGAUAUGACUGUGCAGGUGUUUCCAGCAUUACCUAUGGAUUAAUAACAAGAGAAUUGGACGGUGUCGACUCAGGGUAUAGAUCAGCAAUGAGUGUUCAAAGCAGCUUAGCGAUGGGAGCUAUUUACAUGUAUGGUUCUGAAGAACAAAAACAAAAAUAUCUCCCAAGGAUGGCCAAGGGCGAGUUAGUUGGUUGUUUUGGCUUGACUGAGCCAAAUUUUGGAAGUGAUGCUGGAGGUAUGGUUACUAAAGCUAAAUAUGACUCUAAAAGUAAAACAUUCGUUUUAUCAGGCUCGAAAACUUGGAUAACGAAUUCGCCAAUAGCUGAUAUACUCGUAGUAUGGGCGAAAAACGAUGAAGGAAAAGUAAGAGGUUUUAUAGUUGAGAGAGCUCAAGUCAAAAAAGGUUUGGAUACGCCCAAAAUCAAUGGAAAGUUUGCUUUGAGAGCCUCUACAACAGGCAUGAUAUUACUGGACGAAGUGACUAUACCAGAGGAGAAUUUAUUGCCAAACGUUGUAGGAAUGAAAGGACCUUUUGGAUGUCUCAAUAACGCACGGUAUGGGAUCGCUUGGGGCGCACUCGGGUCCGCUGAAACGUGUUUGCGGAUCGCUCGACAGUACACAUUAGAUAGGAAGCAAUUUGGGAGACCGCUAGCCUCAAAUCAGCUGAUACAGAAGAAAUUGGCUGAUAUGUUGACAGAAAUAAGUCUGGGCUAUCAAGCAUGUUUACACGUGGGCCGUUUGAAGGACAAGAAUCUGGCAGCUCACGAAAUGGUAUCGCUUUUGAAAAGAAACAAUUGUGGUAAGGCGUUAGAGAUAGCGCGAGUGGCGAGAGACAUGCUCGGAGGGAACGGAGUGUCCGACGAAUAUCACGUCAUCCGUCACGUCAUGAAUCUCGAGGCGGUAAAUACUUAUGAAGGAACACACGAUAUUCAUGCGUUGAUAUUGGGAAGAGCUAUUACUGGAUUGGCAGCGUUCUAAAAUAAACUUUGGAAGUGAAUAAUUAGAGGCAUUUUCGUUUAUACUCAUGUUAAUUAGUGUUCAUGUUAUAUAUUCUGUAAUGGAAUUUAUUUUUUAUAAAUUAUAUUCUGUUGUUUUA